CACCUUUUCGCCAAUCACUCUCCGGCCGGACCAAGAGAAAAUGUCAUGGCUGGCUCGCUCUCUGGCAAACUCUCUUCGUCUUGACGAUGCCGAAAACGACGUCACACCAACGCCAUCUUGCGACGCUUCACCUGCUACACACCUACUCGAACAACGAAGACAAGUCGAUCAGUGCCAUAAUGAGGGAGAAGUAGAGGGAGAUACGCGAUCAACGCAACCACAAGAUGACGAACAAUCAAGAGGUGUCAAAGAGGACCUUACGGAAUUCAAACAAACCCUAACUCGUCAACUCUGGGGUGUGGCGUCUUUCCUGGCCCCUCCACCAACACCUUCUCAUCAUGAGUACAAGGAUCAAUCUGGUUCCAAUUUUGACCAAUUUGCUUCGUCGGAUCCGUCUGUGUCGGGGGACUUGGAAGAAGAGGGAAGAGAGUCUGAUCCGGUGGGGAUUUCGGGGAUCAGGAGUGACUUUGGGGAGAUCGGUGGAAGGUUUAGGGAGAUUUCAAAGAUGGCUUCGAAUUAUUUCCCGUUUGGGGCGGAGGAGGAUGAGGGAGAAAAUGAAGUAGAGUACGAGGAGGAAAAGGUAGAAGAGGAUGAUAAUAUCGAAGAGAAUGCCGUUGGGAUUACUGAUGAGGUGUUGGCGUUCGCCAGGAACAUCGCGAUGCAUCCAGAGACGUGGUUGGACUUCCCUCUCGACGAAGAAGAGGAUUUGGAUGACUUUGACAUGUCUGAUGCCCAACGCGAGCAUGCUUCGGCCAUCGAACAUCUUGCUCCUCAACUAGCUGCUCUCAGAAUAGAACUCUGUCCUUGCCAUAUGACUGAGAGUUACUUUUGGAAAGUCUAUUUCGUUCUUUUGCAUUCAAGACUCAACAGAGAAGAUGCAGAGAUUCUGUCUUCAUCUCAGAUAAUGGCAGCUAGAACUCUGUGGAUGAAAGAGCUACAGAAGCAAACAAAGUCGGAAUCUGUCUGGCUUGGAAAUAGCAAUUACCAUUCAAAUGACAACAGGACCGUCCUAGAUGAAGAAUUUUUUUUUCCCAGAGUCAAUUAUGUUCCUGAAAACAUGCGGUUUGGAGCUGUUGCUUUUGAACCUGCCCCUUCCGCGUCCACUUCCACUUCCAUGACAGAGUAUGAGAUGGAGAAGCAUCCGGUUGUAAGCACUGAGAUGCAAUGUAUUGAUAAAUCUGUUAUCGAGGAAAAGCAGGUAAUUAAAACUAAGAAUACCGUUUCAGUGGUUGGUCCAUCGAAAAUAUUAUUUCCUGAUUUUGAAGAGGAGGAUGAUGAUGAUGACUGGCCAGACGAAGGUUCGGAAUUAGGCGGGUACAGUGGAGCGGCCAUUCAUAUGGGGAAUGAAGAAGAUGUUUCUUUCAGUGAUCUCGAGGACAACGAUGAUUGUUGCGUGCCAGUAAAACCUAAGAUUGUCUUAAAGGAUUCAGAAGCAACGUAGUACCAAGAUAUGUUCAGUUCAGCUCAGCAAGCGUAAGCUAUGGUGGUUCGUUCAGCAUGAAGACUGGGAUUGAUGGCUCCAAUACUUGCCAUAUGUUGUUCCCUUGUGUGGUUGCUUGAUGUGAUCUUCAUUGUACAUUGAUUGGUUGUUAGUAGCAAUCCUUUUUGUUUUCUGAUUGUGAGAGUUUUCUACUUUAAAACAUGUAUUAGAUGAAAAAGAGGGGAGGAAAAGUGGGAAGGUGUAUCAUAUUGUCAUCAAUGAAAUUAAUUGAUUUGUUUUCAUUUCUUAAAUGAAA